AUGGCCUCUACUACUUAUAUUUUUAAGGAAGAUCUCGCGAGACUCAAGAGAGAUGCCGAUCCUUUGAGAGAAACCGGUGGGAGUUUGUACGGCCAGUGGACCAGCACUGGAAACCCAGUCGUUCAUGUUGUAAUGAGCAAGAGUGGCAAGUAUUCGGACGGUGAUGAAACAUUCUUUUCCAAAAAUUACAGGCUGUGCCACAUCGGGGAAUGGCGUAUAGCAAACCCUGAUCAUCGUACCAGAGAAGCACUUCUAUCUAAGUACAAGGGAUCCAGACCUGCAAAAAGAUUUGUCAUUCUUGAAGUGACUGCGGACGCGGUCUAUCCUUUUCUUUUCGUCGACGGAAAGUCACAAGAGCAAGGGAGAGUUGAAGCGCUUCAAGGGGAAAAUCCGUUCAAUAAACUGGAACUGCACGGCACGCCAUCUCUGAAUUAUUCGCCGGGAACCUCGGGGACACAACAUCGAUUGUCACACUUUCAGCAGUACCCGGUACGCACUCGACAACCACAGGUUCAAGAUGUUUACACGUCUUCGAGUCAGUGGUACGCCAAUGAAAGUGGAGAGGAAAAGCUCAAGCAAGUAUUUCUGAAGUUGAAAGAUAUGGCCACGAGGGAAGAGGUGGAGAUGAGUCGGGAUACCCGUACUCAUGACAUGUCGAUGUCCUUUAUUGACAUGUAUCGCAGCAGGAAGUGGGAAGUGAAAUUUUCUGCUCAUUUUCCCCGUGAUGGAGCAUUGGUGACAAACAAAAGUCAAGCAUUACCUCAUGCUCCCUAUCGCACAAUUGGUGGUGACAGUGUGGAGAAAGCGGUGGAAAAUAUUAAACGUCACAUAUUGAGGCAAUGA